GCCGGUUUCCCGGUUUCCGAGGCAGGGCUCCGCAUCGCCUCCCUCCCACCUGUCUGUCCCUGCUGUCCCCGUCGCCAUGGACCUGUACCGCACCGCGGCGCCGGCGCUGGACGCGCUGGUGGCCCACAGCCUGCAGCCGCAGCCCGAGUUCGUGGGGGCCGCGCGGCGCGCGCUGGGGACCCUGGACGCCGCCCUCCGGGAGCGCGGGUGCCGCCAGGGGCCCAAGGUGCUGAAGACGGCCCAAGGCUCCUUUGGCCGGGGCACAGCUCUCAGCGGGGGCUCUGAUUCUGAAAUUGUCAUGUUCUUCGACUGUUUCGAGAGCUACCGGGACCUGGAGGAGACACAGCCCCUGCUGGAGGCCUGGGGGCAGAACCCGGCCCCGGGUCUGAGCAUUUGGUUCCCUCCACAGCGCAUGCCUGGGGUCCUGCAGUUCUGACUGGCAUCCGAAGACCUUGAGAGCUGGAUGGACGUCACCCUGGUGCCCGCCUUUGACGUCCUGGGUGAGGGGACCAAACCCAAACCCCAAGGCUACAGAGCCCUCCUCAGCAGCCGUUCCGGGGGCGAGCUCGCCCCCUGCCUCUCGGAGCUGCGGAGGAACUUCGUGAACAUGCGCCCAGCCAAACUCAAGAACCUGAUCCUGCUGGUAAAGCACUGGUACCGUCAGGUGUGCCUGCAGGAGGCCAGGAGGAAGGCGCUGCCUCCCGUCUACGCCCUGGAGCUGCUCACCGUCUUCGCCUGGGAGCGGGGCUGCGGGAACCCAGCCUUCGGCCUGGCCCGAGGCCUGCGCACCGUGCUGGGCUUGAUUGAGCGGUACCGGCACCUGUGUGUUUUCUGGAGCGACAACUAUGACUUGGAGGAUCCUAUGGUUGGGAAGUUCCUGCAGCAGCAGCUUGAGAGACCCAGGCCUGUGAUCCUGGACCCAGCUGACCCCACGUGGGACGUGGGCCACGGGGCAGCCUGGCGGUGGGACGUGUUGGCCCAGGAGGCCGCAUCCUGCUGUGACAACCCGUGCUUUAUGCAGGCAACUGGGGACCCUGUGCAGCCCUGGGAGGGGCCAGACCUUCUGCGUGCUGGGGGCGCAGGUGUGGGCCACCCCAUCCAUGGAGACCCGGCCCAGGGAAUCCCUGAGGACAGCAGGAGCCACAAUGCCAUGCUCCUAAGUGCAGGGGAUAAGCCGCCGCCAUACCCACCUUCUGCCAGUGCCACAUUUCGAGAAAACCAGAAUGGCUGCGCUGCUGUCCCUCCACAGGGCGGCUCGUUGGGCCGGGGCACCGACCUAAGGGGUGACUGUGACAUCGAGCUCAUCAUCUUCCUCAACAACCUCCGGGGCUUCAAGGACCAGGGUCCUCAGUGUGCGGAGAUCCUAGCUGACAUGCGGGCCCAGAUAGAGCCCUGGUGGCGAGUUCCUGACCACCAUGAACUGGUCCCUGGCCUCAGCCUCAAGUUUCCUGAGCAGAAGGCGCCUGGUGCACUGCAGUGCCAGCUCGUGUCUGCAGCUCUAGGAAGCCGGGCGGACAUCAGCCUGCUGCCCACCUUUGAUGCCACGGGGAAGCUCAGUUCUGGGGCUAAACCUAAGCCCCACGUCUACUUGGACCUCUUCAAUAGCAGCUGCGGGGGUGGGGAGCAUGCUGCCUGCUUCGCAGAGCUGCCGAGGAACUUCGUGAACAUGCGCCCAGCCAAACUCAAGAACCUGAUCUUGCUUGUGAAGCACUGGUACUGCCAUGUUGCAGCUCAAAACACAGGUAAAGAGCAAGUCAGUGCCUCUCUGUCCCCAGCCUAUGCUCUGGAGCUCCUGACCAUUUUUGCCUGGGAGCAAGGCUCUGGGGAGGACCGUUUCAACAUGGCCCAAGGCCUCCAGACCGUCAUGGGGCUUGUCCAGCAGCAUGGGCAGCUCUGUGUCUACUGGACACUCAACUAUGGCAUUGAGGACCCAGCUCUGAGAAUGCACAUUCUCGGCCAGCUUCAGAAAGCUAGGCCCCUAGUCCUGGGCCCAGCUGACCCCACCUGGAAUGCGGGCCAGGGCGGCUGGGAGCUGUUGGCCCAGCAAGCGGGCUUGGAGAUACAGAUCUCCCUCAUGAGUGGGACUAGGACACCAGUGGAGCCCUGGGAUGUGACGCCCGCGCUCCUGCACCAGACCCCCGCCAGAGACCUGGACAGGUUCAUCAGCGACAUCCUCCAGCCCAGCCGUCAGUUCCUGGCGCAGGUGAACAAGGAUGUGGACACCAUCUGCUCAUUCCUGAGGGAGAACUGCUUCCGGGACUCACCCAUCAGAGUGCUCAAGGUGGUCAAGGGUGGUUCUUCGGCCAAGGGUAUAGCGCUGCGAGGCCGCUCGGACGCCGACAUCGUGGUUUUCCUCAGCUGCUUCUGCCACUUCACUGAGCACAGCAUCCGACGGGCCGAAGUGAUCUCGGAAAUCCAAGCCCAGCUGGAGGCCUGUCAGCAGGAGAUGCAAUUUGAGGUCAAAUUUGAGAUCCCCAAGUGGGAGGAUGCUCGAGUACUGAGCUUCACACUGACAUCCCAGAUGAUCCUGGACCAGAGUGUGGACUUCGACGUGCUUCCGGCCUUUGAUGCCCUAGGCCCCCUGGUGCCCGGCUCCAGGCCCGACCCUCGCGUCUAGGCGGACCUCAUCCGCAGCUACAGCGUCCCCGGAGAUUCUGCCUGCUUCACCGAGCUCCAGCGCGACUUCAUCGUCUCACGGCCCACCAAGCUGAAGAGCCUGAUUCGGCUGGUCAAGCCCUGGUACCGAGAGGUCCAGAAGAUAUGCAAGGGCCAGGGCUCCCACCCCCAGCAUGAGCUGGAGCUCCUCACCGUGUACACCUGGGAGCAGGGUGGGCAGGACCCCCAAUUCAGCAUGGCGGGGGGCUUCUGCACCGUCCUGGAGCUGGUCAGUCAGUACCGCCAGCUCUGCGUCUACUGGACAGUCAGCUACAGCGCAGAGGACCAGGCCGUGGGAGACUUCCUGAAACAGCAGCUUCAGAGGCCCAGGCCCAUCAUCCUGGACCCGGCUGACCCAACAGGGAACCUGGGCCUCAGUGCCCGCUGGGACCUGCUGGCUACGGAAGCGGCAGCCUGCAUGGAGGCCCGGUGCUGCAUGGGCAAGGACGGCACCCCCAUCCAGCCAUGGCCUGUGAGGGCUGCCGUGGGAGGUCCAGGAAGUCAGAAGUCGCCCUGUGUGGACAAAGAAUGGACAGCACCCCUUGGCAAGGGGAGGCCCAGGAUGCCCACCAGCCGUGCCCACAAAUGUGCACACGUGUGUGCUCACACCAUCCUUCUGUCUGUCCUGCCCCUGGCUCCCCCGUUCCUCCCCACAGCCCACGCUGCUUCCCCAGGGCAGCAGCAACUCAGGCACCUCUUGUUUCAGAGAGGCGCUGCCUUUCCCUCCCCCUCCCCAUCUGACCCUGCAGGAGGAGAAAUGGCCUUUCUGUGAUCAAUUAG